GUGGAGAACCAGGAUGUUUCCGACACGGGCCCUGUGAGUGUAUGUGCGCUCACGAAAGUCAACACAAAAUGUGAUCUGUUCGUGUGAGCGUAGUUGAACAGUUGCUGCUCAGCACAGGGAUCUCGAACAUGAAGGAUUCUGCUUUGGGCUUCCAUCAGAGAGCACUGGUGGUGAGCGUGUCGGAUUUGACUGAUUCUGUAUCCCCAGAGCGACAAUCAGUUCCCACGGACCAUAUCUUCGACAGAGCCUCUGCAUCUGAGCUCGCCUAAAUCUAGAGACCGUGUAGUCUGUGCAUGUGAGAACCGGCUUCGCGAGCACACGAAUCGCACUUCAAUAUUCGCCUCCACCUUCGUAGACGGAGGAGCGAGGAGGAUUUUAGAUUUUGUAGAAUGCCGGGUCUGGAAUCUACGUUUGAACGAGGCUCGCGGUCGAAAGUGUUCUACGAUGGUAAGAAGAUGGUCGGUAGGCGACUUGCGUCGCUCGAGGGUGAGAAUAAUUGUGCAUGUUGCGGUGAUCUUCAUAGUGAUCAGUCAGAGCUCGCAAGCAGGUGGCCAGCCGAUGCAGAGGAUCAGGGGAGAUGAGUAUCUGGCGUUGAUAGAGGACAGCGUUUUGCAACUCGCCGGGAGAGUUGCGGAAAUGUACCCGUGGCCAGAGCAAUGCGAUACAGAUGCUCCGGGAGCUUGUGCCGCGUGCACCCAAGACGAAUGCCGUCCUCUGACCGGCCCGACCCAAUGUGUCAACGUCACAAAGAACGCGCGCUGCAACACGCAUUUUCCCGGCUGCGUUGCUUCGAUAGCAGUCUCAAAGGAUGAAAGCCGUGUCGCAUUCCCAAGGGAAUCGAUUGAAGAACGGCCAGACAAAGCUCAACUAAAAUCAAUUUGUGGAACGAAGGGCCUCGACGGGGUCUUCAAAGAUUUGUACGCGAAGAAUCCUUAUCACGCGAGCUACUAUGUCGGCUUCAUUGACGGCACCCGUCGUCUGUAUCCAGGAAGGGACGAGGCCGAUGAGAAUUCGUUGUACUCGUGUGCAGCUUAUGAUCCGAGGAAGCGGCCCUGGUACAACGCCGCUAUCACCCAUCGGAACCAUCUGAUAAUCUUAAUCGACACGAGAUACGUGCCGCUGGAUGCGUCUUUCACGCAGAAGACCGACACCCUCAGCCUCUACAAAGAUUUCGCCCAAGAGCUUCUCCAGGCAGUCUACGACGGCGACCGUGUCAACGUCGUGGCUUUCGACUCAAAAGCACGAGCGCUCGUUCCUUCAUCGGUGGUAGUGGAAAUAAACGUCGAGCACCCGCAGCAUCAUGACGAAUUGGAGGUGUUGGAUUCGAAGAUGGCCGAGCUGACACGGCCAGAUCAAGGGGGUGACAAAUUGGCUUCUUCCAAUUUGGGGAGCGGACUGCAAGAAGCCCUGAGGCUAUUCGGCGAAGCGGACGACACGAUGGCCAAGAAUAUCAUCGUCUUCACGAACGGUGGCAUUUUAAGCGACGAAGCGCUCAAUACAACUCUGGAUGCUGUUGCCAGCAACUCCGUCAGAUUAUUCCUCUAUAGUACGAAGAGCACCGAUGCUAAUCAUCAACUCCUGAACCAAGUUGCCAAUCGGUCGCGUGGCAUUCAUAUCAGAUUGACGAGCUCCCAAAAUCGGCUCUGGAGCUUGCGCUCGUACUUCAGUUACCUCGCUGCGCUGCAGCAGACGGCGGGUCGAAUCAUGCCGUUUUGGACUCCAUCUUACACGGACUAUUAUGACAUCGGCGAGAUCACCACAGUCACGGUUCCCAUACUCUCGCCUGUCGGGCAACCUGUAGGAUCGAGCGAGAAGGCCGAUACACCGCAGAGGUUGAUCGGAGUUGCAGGCAUUGAUGUCUUGUACCUGGAGAUUGGUGACAUUCUGGAUGAGUUCAGAGCCGCUCUUCAGAACCGGCAGGUUGAGGAUGGAGUAUAUGACGACCACGUGUUCAACUCGACGAUGCCAUACGAUGAUAGCUCUGUUGAUUCUUGCAACGAGAUUUCGGAUGGUCCAGACGUGCUCUGCAAAUCGGACUCAAAUGUUAAAACCAAGUUUCUGGAUCGGAUGUGUUGUAGAACCUGUUCAGAAGGAUCAGGAAGGUCCAACUCCAAAUUUUGGAUCUACAUGGGCAGUUCAUUAGGUGGUCUUUUCGUAAUGGCCGUAUUGAUAUCUAUUCUAAUAAUCUUUCUUCGCAUUAGACGAGGUCCUGUUGCAGCAGUAGAACCAGAACCACCCAAAGCACCAGAUCCGCCGCCCAAACACUCCAACCCUCAUCAUACCCUGACCAAAUUGAUCGCAGAUAGGCUCCCCGAACGAUCUAAACCGGUCUCGAUAGUAGUGCCCACAAUUGUCCAAGUAGCUACGUAGAAACUAAAUUCAUUAGUCCAAGGUCAAUACUAGAUGUCUUCAGGUUAACUAGGACAGCUAGAUCAAACUGAAGAACUGUAGAAGUUACUCAAUUUGAUCCAACUGUCUUAGUUCAGUUUGUAUAGACAGUGGUCAUCUAACUCUCCAUCCAUCCAUCCAUCCAUCUCUGGAUGGAGAGUUACAUGAUGACCUCAGGUUCCGAUAUAGAAGGUGUAUAUAGGUAGAUUAAUGGUUGCAAGAUUUAUUUUACUGUAAAUUGACGUGAUGAAGUCCGAGUGACGGCAUAGACUCCUGCUUAACGAAUUCAAUUCUUCCUCAUUGGACAUCUAAAGUGAAUUGAAGGGCACCUGUACAUGCCUCCUCUUGCCUCCAGUGCCGGCUGUGGUUCACAAAGGUAUUAGUAAACUUGUAUUUCUCCAUCAGUCUUGAAUAUGGGGAAAUAUUCAAAUCCUUUC